AAUUCCUUUCGUCUCUGCACAGCAAUUUCUUUCGUUUCGGCGACGCCACUGUAGAGAGAAAAAAAAGCUUCGACGAUCUCGGAAACGCAGAUCUCCGCCCAGAACCAAAUCGAAGCCUCGGGCCAAAGCCUAGGACCUGGAGGCUCUCGUCGGCGGAUUCCGCGACCACAAUCCGAUCAGUGUACAGAUUGGAGUACUCAGGCUGUAGAUUGUUUCUUGAACAAGGAUGAGUAUCUCCUUGCCAAUCAUCAGAAGGUGAAGUUCCAAGUUUGGUCGAAAGCAUGAACAUAGUAAAGGGUGUUGCUGAUUUAAUUCGAAGGACUUCAAGCGGACAAACUGGAGACUCCGGUUCAGGAUUACAAGGGGAGAGGUUUCCACCUCCAGCGCCAAAAAUCCGCUUCAGCGAAGUUGGUGAUGAAGCAAUCUUGUAUACAUUGUGGGAGAGAUAUGAAAAGGAAACUGAUAAGGUGGAAAAGAAGAAGUUGUUUCAAGUAUUUCUGAAGCAGUUCCUGACUGUAUAUGAGAACUGGAAGCCGGUUAAUUAUGGUCAGUUUUCAGAGGCUUCUGUUUCAAGUGAACUAUCGGGGGAAUAUUCGUCAGAUGUCGAUGACAUUGCUAGCGGAUGCUCAAUUGGACAUCCUGCUGGAGUAAUAUCAAUUUUCAUUCAAGAGAUUGCACAGUUAACUGCACUAAUUAAUGAGCUGAGUUCCAGCAUCAUGCAAUCAAACAUCAACUUGGUGGGGCCUUCUACAAGCUUCAUUGUCACAUCUGAAGGCAUGCCCGUGUUGGUUGCUCUGUCUGUUGUUACACGUUCAAUGCAUAACUGCAGAGUCUUCGGCUAUUAUGGAGGGGUACAAAAGCUUACAGCGUUGAUGAAAGGUGCUGUUGUCCAGCUUAAGACAAUAACUGGAUCACUCUCUGCUGAUGAAAAUUUCUCCAACUUUACAUUAGAGAAGAUCAAGCUUUUGCAACAGAUCCUCGUACAUGUUGUGUCCAUAAUUUAUAAUUUCAUUGAUUGGAUUCCAUAUUCAUAUAAGAAGGCUCAAUUUGACGGCAGUAUCAGUUGCUGUAAUCUGCCCUGGAAUUCUCCCUCUGUAUUUGAUUCUGCUAGUGUCAUGGACAUUCCUUCGUCCGAAGCAAGGUUACUUUGGCAUCAGAAGGCCGUAGUUUCUUUGAUGGAGGCUGGUGGACUUAACUGGUUAGUAGAUCUCUUGCGUGUAAUCAGAAGGUUGAGUAUGAAAGAACAGUUUAUGGAUUUCAAUCUUCAGCAUUUGACCUUGAAAAGUCUUCUAUCUGCUUUAUCUGGUAAUCUGAGGGGCCAGAACCAUUUCAAAAGCAUUGGAGGACUUGAAGUUUUACUGGAUGGACUUGGACUUCCGACAAAUAACGUGUAUAAUUUGAAAAAUAUCUACAAUAUCAUUGACAAAAGAGAUGAGAAUCCUUUGCUGCAUCUACUUCGGCUUCAUAUUCUUUCAUUGGAAGUUCUCAGGGAAGCUGUCUUUGGGAAUCUAAGCAACUUGCAGUUCCUUUGUGAAAAUGGAAGAAUUCAUAAGUUUGCAAAUAGCUUUUGUUCUCCUGCUUUCGUAUUCCAAGAACACAAGCAACAGGACAAGGUGUUGCCUCACCAAGAUAAUUUGGAAAAUGAUUAUCAAUCCACAACAAAUCCUGCAUCUCCCAUUACACUUCCAUCUGAUGGCUUCAGUUCUCAUCUAUGGGUUGAUUAUAUAGUUAAGUUGAGCAUCGUGCUAUGCUCUUUUCUGUAUGCUCCAGAAGUUGUUAGUUCUCAUCAUGUCCAAGGAGCACUUACUCGAACUGCGAUGCCUGGCUACCCUGCAUAUGGUGAACUUUCAGUUAAGUGGGUCUUAAAGGUUCUUCUUACGGUCUUCCCUUGCAUCAGGGUUUGCUCAGAUCAAAAUGAGCUGCCAAGCCAUUUAAGGAUCUUCAUGAAUACUUUGCAGCACUUCAGUCUUAAUGCCUUUAGGAAAGUUCUUGUUUCGUUACCUGUAUUGCUUGAAGUAUUCAGGGAUGAGGGGUUAUGGGAGCUCUUCUUCUCUGAAAAUUUCUUUUAUUUUGGCCCAGCCUUCCAUGAAUCAUGUACAGAGAUAUGCAAAGGUGACGAGGGUUCUUCAGCAAUGUGUGAAGUAUCUUACUCCAAUUUCACUGUCAAUCAGUUAAAAGCCGGUCACACAGAAAUUCUUCAGAUGGAAAUUAUUUCAUUUGUUGAAUUGGCUGCAACAUCCCAUGAAAAUGUGCACAACUUGCCUGAAUUAUCAGUUUUGUUAGAUGCCCUUGAACAGUCUGCUUGCAACUCCAGGCUGUCCAGUGCUCUUGCAAGGAGUCUUCUUCAUAUAUUACAACUUUCAGUGGAGAAAACUCUUGCUUCAUUUAAGGCACUUGAUGCAAUUCCUCGAAUACUCAAGGUGGUGUGCAUCCAAGCCCAAGAAGUUCGACGGGCUGAAAACACGGGGUCAUCUCUUGAGAAGUCUCAGGGAUCUGAUUCAUCUGAGACAGCACAGAAUUGGCAGAAAAGCAUGGAAACGGUCAUGAAUAUAUUCUCAGAGUAUUUGUCGUCAGAUGAUGAUGCAAAGUUAUCUAUUUUGGUUAGCAGCACAUCCGUCGAUUGUUUAUUUGAUUUAUUCUGGGAGGAGGAUUUGAGGCGCUGUGUGCUUAAUCACAUUCUGGAACUCAUGAAGAUUGUUCCAUCUUCUACAGAAGAUCAAAAGGCAACCUUGUACUUAUGCUCUAAAUAUUUAGAAACUUUUACUCAAAUAAAGGAACGAGGGAAAAGCUUUGUGGAGCUGUCUAUUGAUCUAUUGAUUGGAAUUAGAGAAAUGGUGCAGAGUAAUUCGGAGUAUUAUCAGGCUUUGUUUCGAGAAGGAGAGUGCUUUCUGCAUGUUGUCUCCUUAUUAAAUGGUAAUCUUGACACGGUCAAGGGAGAGGAGUUGGUUUUGAAUGUCCUUCAGACUCUCACUUGUCUUCUCGCCGGUAAUGAUGCCUCGAAGAUUGCAUUCAGAGCACUUGUUGGCAGUGGUUACCAGACGCUGCAAAGUUUGCUACUGGACUUAUGUCAAUGGCAGCCCAGUGAAGCACUCCUGAAUGCUCUCCUUGAUAUGCUUGUAGAUGGAAGAUUUGAUGUAAAGUCUAACUUUAUUGUCAAGAAUGAAGAUGUAAUCAUACUUUAUCUCAGCGUUCUGCAGAAGAGCAGUGCUUCUUUGCGUCAUCAUGGGCUUAAUACUUAUCAGCUAUUGCUUAGAGAUUCCAUCUCGAACCGAGCUUCCUGCGUCAGAGUGGGAAUGCUCAGUUUUCUUCUUGAGUGGUUUUCUCAAGAAGAUGAUGAUCAUGUUAUCAUGCGGAUUGCCCAGUUGAUUCAGGUCAUUGGUGGUCACAGCAUAUCUGGGAAGGAUAUUCGCAAAAUUUUUGCUCUUCUUCGCAGUGAGAAAGUUGGAGCCCGGCAGCAGUAUUGUUCAUUACUGUUGACUAGCGUUCUAUCAAUGCUAAGUGAGAGGGGACCGACUGCUUUUUUUGACCUCAGCGGUAGUGAUUCUCAGGGUAUCCAGAUCAGAUCACCUAUUCAGUGGCCUCUUAAUAAGGGCUUCUCCUUUUCAUGUUGGCUUAGGGUUGAAAAUUUUCCUAGAAAUGGAGCAAUGAGUCUUUUUAGUUUUCUCACAGAAAAUGGAAGAGGUUGUGUGGCUCUACUUUCAAAGGAUAGGCUGAUAUAUGAGUCAGUCAACCUUAAGGAACAGUCUGUUGGCCUGCAAGUUAAUCUAGUCAAGAAAAAAUGGCAUCAUCUAUGCUUAACACACAGCAUUGGAAGAGCAUUUUCGGGGGGUAGUCUUUUACGGUGUUUCUUGGAUGGUGAUCUUGUAUCAUCCGAUAGAUGCAGGUAUGCAAAAGUUAAUGAGCAAUUGACACAUUGUACCAUUGGUGCAAAAGUCUCUUUAUCCACGAAUGAAGAAGACGGUGCUAUUGAGUCCAGAAGUUUGUUUCCUUUCCAUGGUCAGAUUGGUCCUGUUUAUUUGUUCAACGAUGCUAUAACUCCCGAGCUAGUUCAGUGUGUCUAUUUGCUCGGACCCAGCUAUAUGUACUCGUUCCUUGACCAUGAAACUGCACCUUUCAGUAACAACCAGUUACCAAGUGGGAUUCUUGAUGCUAAAGAUGGUCUUGCAUCCAAAGUUGUAUUUGGACUUAAUGCUCAGGCUAGUGAUGGCAAGAGAUUGUUUAAUGCAUCAGCAGUGUUGGAUCAUGCAUUGGAUAGGAACUUAUUUGAAGCGACUGUAAUGGUUGGGACACACUUAUGUUCAAGACGCUUGCUUCAACAGAUAAUAUACUGCGUUGGUGGCGUCUCAGUCUUCUUUCCUCUUAUAGCACAGUCUGAGAGAUAUGAACACGAGGAAAGUGGAGAAUUUGAAAAUGCUUUGCUGGUUCCUAUCACGAAAGACCGCCUAACAGCUGAAAUUAUCGAACUUAUAGCUUGUGUGUUGGAUGAGAAUUUAGCAAAUCAACAGCAGAUGCAUAUUCUUUCUGGCUUUUCAAUUCUUGGAUUUUUGCUGCGAUCAGUUCCUCCUCAGCAACUUAAUUUGGAAACUCUCUCAGCCUUGAAACAUCUAUUCAAUGUUGUCGCAAAUUGCAGUUUGGCAGAAGUUCUUGUAAAAGAUGCUAUUGCUGGGGUAUUUCUUGAUCCUCUCAUCUGGGUUUAUACGGCUUAUAGGGUGCAACGUGAAUUAUACAUGUUUCUCAUCCAACAAUUUGAUAAUGAUCCAAGAUUAUUUACUAGUCUCUGCCGGCUCCCACACGUGAUUGAUAUCGUACGCCAAUACUAUUGGGAUGUCAAAUCAAGAUUUUCCAUGGGAAGCAAGCCCCUUUUGCAUCCUGUUACUAAGGAGAUCGUUGGAGAGAGACCUACUCAAGACGAAAUACACAAAAUUCGUCUUCUUUUGUUAAGUCUUGGUGAGAUGAGUCUUAGGCAAAGCAUUACGGCAGCAGAUGUUAAAGCUCUUGUAGCUUUUUUUGAGAGUAGUCAAGACAUGGCGUGCAUUGAGGAUGUUUUGCAUAUGGUGAUUCGUGCUAUUUCUCAGAAACCACUGCUUGCUUCCUUUCUCGACCAAGUGAAUGUGAUUGGUGGCUGUCACAUUUUUGUGAAUCUUCUUAAAAGGGACUUUGAGCCUAUCAGAUUACUCGGCUUGCAGUUUAUCGGAAGACUGUUGGUUGGAAUACCAUCUGAGAAGAAAGGAGCAAGAUUUUUUGGUCUAGGUGUCGGAAGAUCUAGAUCACUUUCUGAAAGUUGUAGAAAUAACAGUACAAGGAUGCAACCAAUUUUCUCAGCUAUAUCUGAAAGAAUCUUUAAAUUCCCGCAGACAGAUAAUUUAUGUGCUACUUUGUUCGACGUCCUUCUUGGUGGUGCUAGCCCAAAGCAGGUGCUACAGAAACACUACCAGAUUGAGAAGCAGCGAACAAAGGGUAAUGGCUCUCAUUUUUUUCUUCCACAGGUAUUAGUACUCAUUUUCAAAUUCUUGUUGGGCUGCAAUGAUGCGUCUGUAAGAAUGAAAAUCCUCAGAGAUCUCACUGAUCUGCUCGAUUCAAAUCCAUCAAAUAUUGAAGCUCUAAUGGAACAUGGAUGGAAUGCGUGGUUAUCUGCUUCUGUUAAGCUUGACUUUAUGAAAAACUACGGAGUAGAGUCCCUUGGAGAUGGUGAAGGAGAAAGAAGUGAACAAAGUCUUGUGAGGAACUUAUUUUGUGUAGUUCUUGCUCACCAUAUUCAUUCUGUUAAAGGGGGCUGGCAACAGUUAGAAGACACAGUGAAUUUUCUGCUAAUGCAUUCAGAGCAAGAUGGCAUGCCGCAUCACAACUUACUACAUGAUAUAUUUCAUGACUUAGUUCAAAAGCUGGUGGAUUUAUCAUCCGAGGAGAAUAUGUUUGUUUUCCAACCAUGUCGAGACAAUACACUGUAUCUGCUUAAACUGGUUGAUGAGAUGCUUAUAUCAGAACUGGACAACAAACUUCCGUUUCCUGCUAGUAGCUCCGAUUUUACCUUGGUUUCCUUAGAUUUAGACAGUCACAAAGAAUUUAGUAAUGCCCUGCAAGAGGUUCUACGAGGAGCAUCCGAUGAACAACCAUCAAGAAAUCCACGAUUUGGCAAGCAGCCAUCUGCAAAAGAAGAUAACAUAGAUGGGGAUAGGUGGUGGAAUCUGUAUGACAACUUGUGGAUAUUGAUCAGUGAGAUAAAUGGCAAAGGACCAAGUAAAAUGUUGCCCAAGUCAUCAUCCUCAGUUGGUCCAUCUUUUGGCCAAAGAGCUCGGGGCUUGGUUGAAUCAUUGAACAUUCCUGCUGCAGAAAUGGCUGCUGUUGUUGUAUCGGGAGGGAUUGGAAAUGCUUUGGGUGGAAAACCUUCUAAAUCAGUUGAUAGGGCAAUGCUUUUGAGAGGGGAGAAGGGCCCAAGAAUUGUCUUUCGACUUGUGAUUCUGUAUCUGUGCAGGUCUUCUCUUGAAAGGGCUUCACGUUGUGUACAACUAUUCGUUUCACUCUUGCCUUGUCUUAUGGUUUCUGAUGAUGAGCAGAGCAAGACGAGACUGCAACUUUUCAUCUGGGCUUUGCUCUCUGUCAGGUCCCGCUAUGGUAUGUUGGAUGAUGGCGCUCGUUUUCAUGUUAUAUCACAUGUGAUUCGAGAAACAGUUAACUGUGGGAAAUCCAUGCUUGCUACAAGCAUUGCUGGCAGAGAUGAUCCAUCAAAUUCAGGAAGCAUUUCAAAAGAAAUGAGCACUAUACAGAAUCUAAUCCAGAAGGAUAGAGUGCUUGCAGCCGUUGCUGACGAGGCAAAAUAUAUGAAGGCUCUAAAAACAGAUCGUAGCCGGCAAUUGCAUGAGCUCUGUAGUAGGCUCGAGGAGAUAUCCUCUGCAGAACUUAGCAGCAGUAGAACUUUUGAAGAUGAGAUUCAAAGCAGCUUUAAUAACAUUAAUGCUUCUGAUGACAGCAGAAAAGCUGCUUUCCAGCUGUGUUAUGAGGAGCAGCAGCAAAAUGUCGCUGAGAAGUGGAUGCAUCUGUUCCGCAUUUUGAUUGAUGAGAGAGGUCCAUGGUCUGCUAAUGCUUUUCCAAAUAGUGCUGUGAGGCAUUGGAAACUUGACAAAACAGAGGAUAGAUGGCGACGGAGACAAAAACUAAGGCAGAAUUAUCAUUUUGAUGAGAAACUGUGUUAUCCUCCAUCUAUUGUGCCUCAAGAAGAAACUACUCUUCCCAUAAAUGAAAGCAAAUAUGGUUUUGCGGGACAUAUUCCUGAGCAAAUGAAGCGCUUUUUGCUGAAAGGUGUGCGCAAAAUUACUGAUGAAGCAAGUGCAGAACCAAAUGAAAAUGAGGAUGAAGUGUGUGUGCAGAAUAUCUCUGCACCAGAGGAUUCUCCGGAGGCUCAACGUGAUGUAAUCGUAAAAGAUAGUAACGAUCACAAGGAUAUUUCUCAGGAUAGAGUAGAUUCUUCUGCCUCCUCUCCUGAAGCCGAAAUUAGUGAUGAGGUUCUGAUUUCGGCUCCAUGUGUACUUGUGACACCAAAGAGAAAACUUGCGGGGCGUUUGGCUGUAAUGAAAACCGCUCUGCAUUUUUUUGGGGAAUAUUUGGUGGAAGGUACUGGUGGAUCUUCUGCUUUUAAGGAUUUUCAGCAGCCAAGUAACUCCGAUUUGUCUAAGUUUGAUCAAAAGCAGAGGUUUUCAAAAUGGCCCCCUCAUAAUUAUUUGGAGUCUGAUAAAGGGAGCUCUUUUAAUGGCUUAGAGUUGCUUAGCGAAAAUGUGCAUCAGAGACAUUUGAAAAAUCUUAAGCGCCAUCGAAGAUGGAGCAUCGGGAAGAUUAAAGCUGUGCAUUGGACUCGUUAUCUGCUCAGAUACACUGCUACAGAGAUUUUCUUCAUUGAUUCAAGUGCCCCUAUAUUCUUAAACUUUGCCUCACAAAAAGAUGCAAAAGACAUAGGAACCUUGAUAGUCACAACCAGAAAUGAAUUUUUGUUCCCAAAAGGAAGCAGUAAGGAUAAGCAUGGGGUCAUAUCAUUUGUUGAUAGACGGGUAGCUUUGGAAAUGGCUGACGCUGCUCGAGAGAAGUGGAGGAGAAGGGAAAUUAAUAACUUUGAGUAUCUAAUGAUACUCAACACCCUCUCUGGAAGAUCUUACAAUGAUAUAACACAGUACCCUGUCUUCCCUUGGGUAUUGGCUGAUUAUUCUUCUGAGGUUCUUGAUUUUAACAAGUCGUCAACUUUUCGGGAUCUUUCAAAACCUGUUGGAGCUUUGGACUCGAAGCGAUUUGAGGUGUUUGAAGAUAGAUAUCGUAACUUUUGCGAUCCAGACAUACCUAGUUUCUAUUAUGGGUCUCAUUACUCAAGCAUGGGGAUUGUGCUUUAUUACCUCCUGAGACUAGAGCCUUUUACGACUCUUCACCGUAAUCUGCAGGGUGGGAAGUUUGACCAUGCAGAUCGACUUUUUCAAAGUGUUGAGGGAACGUAUAGGAAUUGCCUAUCCAAUACAAGUGAUGUGAAAGAGCUAGUUCCAGAAUUCUUUUACAUGUCAGAAUUCCUUAUGAAUUCAAACUCGUAUCAUCUUGGAGUCAAACAGGAUGGUGAGCCUAUUGGCAACGUCUGCCUUCCUCCUUGGGCCAAGGGAUCGCCUGAAGAAUUUGUCAAUAAAAAUCGAGAGGCCCUUGAAAGUGAAUAUGUUAGCUCAAAUCUUCAUCACUGGAUUGAUCUGGUGUUUGGUUACAAGCAACGUGGGAAACCGGCUGUAGAGGCAGCAAAUAUUUUCUACUAUCUAACUUAUGAGGGAGCUGUCGAUUUGGACUCCAUGGAGGAUGACUUACAAAGAGCAGCGAUUGAGGACCAGAUUGCUAAUUUUGGUCAGACACCUAUCCAGAUUUUCCGCAAGAAACAUCCUAGACGAGGCCCACCAAUUCCAAUCGCUCAUCCUUUAUAUUUUGCACCUAGUUCUAUUAAUCUGACUUAUGUUCUAUCUAGUAUUAUUGAUCCUCCAUCGGCUGUAUUGUAUGUUGGCCAACUGGACUCCAACAUUGUCUUGGUGAAUCAAGGGCUCAUCCUGUCAGUCAAGAUGUGGUUAACGACGCAAUUGCAAUCUGGUGGCAAUUUUACCUUUUCCAGCUCGCAGGAGCCAUUCUUUGGAGUUGGAGCUGAUAUUCUUUCUCCACGGAAAAUAGGGAGUCCUUUGUCUGAAACUUGUGAAUUUGGAGCACAGUACUUUGCGACAUUGCAAACACCUACGGAGAAUUUUCUUAUCUCAUGUGGCAAUUGGGAGAAUAGCUUUCAAGUUAUCUCCUUAACUGAUGGGAGAUUGGUGCAGAACAUCAGACAUCAUAAGGAUGUGGUUAGUUGUGUUGCAGUGGCAUCUGAUGGAAGUGUCCUUGCUACUGGAAGUUAUGAUACCACGGUAAUGGUGUGGGAAGUUUAUCGUGUCAAAACUCCAGAAAAAAGACUUAGGAACUUGCAAACUGAGAUUCACCGGAAAGAUUAUGUUGUUGCUGAAACUCCUUUCCACAUUCUUUGUGGCCAUGAUGAUAUAAUUACAUGCUUGUAUAUCAGCAUGGAACUUGAUAUAGUUAUCAGUGGGUCCAAAGAUGGAACCUGUAUCUUCCAUACCUUGAGGGAAGGGAGAUAUGUUAGAUCUUUGCGCCAUCCUUCAGGCAAUGCUUUGUCAAAGCUGGUUGCCUCGCGGCAUGGACGGAUCGUGCUUUAUGCUGAUGAUGAUCUCAGUUUGCAUCUCUACUCGAUCAAUGGUAAACACCUUGCUUCUUCUGAGUCCAACGGACGUCUCAAUUCUGUUGAAUUGAGCAGUUGUGGCGAGUUUUUAGUAUGCAGUGGUGACCAAGGUCAGAUAGUUGUACGGUCUAUGAACACACUGGAGGUUGUUCAAAGAUACAAUGGAGUUGGAAAGAUAAUAACUUCUCUAGUAGUGACUCCUGAAGAAUGCUUCUUAGCUGGGACUAAAGAUGGAAGCCUUCUUGUGUAUUCUAUUGACAAUCCUCAACUUCGUAAAUCUAGCCAUCCACGAAAUGCGAAGUCCAAAUCAGCUUCAUCGGGAUAGAUGUAUAUAUUAGAGUGCAAGUCAUGGACUAACUGUUGCUGGUAUUCUUGUGAAUGGAGGAACUUUUAGACACAUACGGGAUGAGAUAGGUAAAGGUAAAGGCUUGAUGACCUCCAAACAUUUACCCAUGCUUGCGCAGUUUUGGACUUGCUCCGUGAUACCCCUCUUCAACAAGUCCUCUAUGGAACAUGUGCACAUUGAAAUCUUCACGAAGGUGCAAUGCUUUCGGUGACAUUCUCUAGACAUCAAAUCCUUGUUACAGUGUAUUUGUGCAAUGCUUUCGGUGACCUUCUACUGGUACAUUUGGAAAGCAUUGGUGAGUAAAUAUGUGCAGAGUUCCACUCUCAUGUAUAUCAUCCUUCUUAAGAGCCUUAUGUAGAACAAAGGAGAGGCAGUUGUAUUGAUAGAAACCGGGGCUCACAUUCGUUUUUGGCCGACAGCCCCAUAUAGCUUGUAUAGAUCACCUACAUUUGUAAUUCCAAAUAAAUGAAGAAAAAUGUUUUCUUCUUCAAA